AUGGUGCCGCACGAAAUGGCUGCUAGAUGCGUGGAGUGCAUCAAGGUCCCGCCUGGAGGCAAACCAGAGGUGCGGGAUCGAAUCCUGCUGCCAGCGUUAAUUGUCUCCUUGUCCUCCCCGCUUGUUCUCCCCCCUGCUCUUACUCCCCCACGUGCUCCUUAUGCGUCCCCGCCCCUUCAUGCCUCCCACCCCCGUUCCUGCCUUCCUCCCACUCUCUUGCCUCCCCUCUUACUAUGCCAUUCCCCUCUCCAGACUGGGUGUUCACAUAGGACUAUGUACUGGGUGUUCACAUACGACUAUGUGUACGGAGGGACGGGCCCGCCCAUGUCGCAGCUCUUUGCCGACUGCAUCAUGCCCCUCGUGCACGGGCUAUUUGAUGGUUACAACGCCACCGUUUUUGCAUACGGGCAGACCGGGUCAGGCAAGACGUACACCAUGGCCACGGCUCUCCAGAGCACGGCUGCUGCUCGAAGCAAGACGUACACCAUGGGCACAGCUCUUCAGAGCACGGCUGCUGCUGCUGAGACAGACAGCAGCGGUGCAGCUACCAGCACCAGUGGUGGUGGUGCCAGCACUGGCAAGGACGAGAGUCUGAAUAGCAGCGACAGUAUGAGUGGCAGCCCCAACAAGUUCAAUAGCAGCACUGGGAGCAGUGGGAGCAGUGGCAGCGGCAGCGGUGAGAGGAGGGAGGGGAGGAGCACCACAAGUGGCAGUGCAUUGGGGGCUGUGAGUCCAGCGUCGGUGGAGAAGGAAGGAGGGGUGGCGAGGCGGGUGGUGAACUCCCUCUUCCAACGUGUAGAGGACCUCGCCCACUGCUCUCGCUUCCAGAUCCGAGUCUCUCUCAUAGAGAUCCACAAGGACGAUAUACACGACCUUCUAGAGUUCCUCGCUGCUCCCUUCCCCACCUCCACCCCCUCCUCCGCCUCGCCCGCCACCGUCGCUGCCCUUGCUGCUGCCGCUGCUGCGGCCCGAGCCUCCCCUUCAGGACCAGCGCCCCUAGGUCCGGCGCCGCCGCCUCGGCAGACUGUGGCGAUCCGGGAGCUGCCGGGAGGGGUGUCCCUCACAGGGGUUACAGAGCAGGUGGUUACCACACGGGACGAGGCUAUAGCGUGCUUGGAGCAUGGGCUGCUGUUCCGGGCGACAGGCAGUCACAACCUGAACCAGCGGUCCAGUCGUUCCCACGCCAUAUUCACAAUAUUCGUGGAUCAGUUCAGACGACGAGCAGUCCCACUGGAUCCCACCUCUCGUCUCUCCACCAGCAUGACAACCGCCACGAGUACUUACCUAAGCGCCAGCACCAGUGGCACUUCCAGCAGCAGUGGGAGAGCUUCGCUUGAAAGCGGAGAUGGGGCGGGGAAAGCCGAUGGGAUGGCGCUGUUCGGGCAGGACGAAAAUGCUUUGUUUGGGGUCGGGCGGAUGGAUGAGGAGCAUCUGUGUGCGAAAAUGCAUCUGGUGGACUUGGCGGGCAGCGAACGAAUCAAACGCACCAAGGCAGAGGGUGCUCGGCUGAAGGAAGGCAUUCACAUCAACAGGGGUCUCCUGGCAUUAGGCAACGUGAUCAGUGCGCUCAGCAGCGAUGAGAAGAGGAGGAAGGAUGCAGGGGGGGGAGGAGGUGCAGGGUUUACAGCAGCGUUGAUCCCGGACUCCCUCGGAGGCAACAGUCGCACUGUCAUGAUAGCCUGCGUGAGCCCCACGGAUUCAAACGUAGAGGAGAGUCUCAACACCCUUCGCUAUGCCAACCGUGCGCGCAACAUCUGCAACCGACCCACGGUGAACCGGCUGGGCACGGUGGAUGCAGAGGAGGUGCGGCGGCUGAGGCACCACGUUUCGCUGCUGCAGGCUGAACUAGCUAGAGUGCCGCCCCCUCUGCCCAUCACAGCAGAGGAGUUGCAGGCCCUGGAACAGAAUCUGGCAUCUCUCGAGGAGGCCAACACGCAGUUAAAGGCGUCACUAGAAAGCACCCAGUUAGACCUGCAGUCAACCCAGCAGGCCCUUGACGCAGCAAGGCUAUCCUUGGAAUCCGAGAGGCAACGGGCGGAUGAAAGCGAGGCGGCGUGCGCUACUCUGCGUGCUGACUGUGCGGCGCUGCGCGCUGACCUGGACAGCGCCACGUCGGAGAUCGCGCGGCUGAGCGCUGAGCUGGCAGCGGCAAAGGACGAGUCAGCAAAAGCAAAGGAGCAGGUGGAUGCUUUGAGAAAGUCCGAUGAGAAAACCGGCCGUGGGUAUGGAGCUGGUGGCGCUGCUGCUGGUGCUGCUGCUGGUGUUGGUAGCUUUGGCAGCAGUGGUGUUAGAAGGCAGUCGGGCGGAGGUGGGGGAACAGCAGCCUUUGGAGCGGCGCGAACGGACGAGAUCAAGCGAGUGAAGCGAGAGGCUGAUAGGGCCGUGGCUGAGGCGACUAAGAGGGCAGAGAGGGAGAGUAAGAAGGCGGAAGAGGCUAUUGCUCGAGCUAGGAAGGCUUUGCAGAGAGCAGUAGAGGCAGAGAAGCGAGCACCUGAGGCAGAGAGACGGGCAGCAGAAGCAGAGAGGAGAGUAGCGGAAGCUGAGAAGAAAGCAGCAGGGGCAGAGAAACGGGCAGCAGAAGCGGAGGAGAAAAGGGAGAGAGAGAUGCGACGGGCAGAUGGUAGUGUUGAGCGCUUGGGUUUGGCAGAGGUUCGGACUGCUGAGGCUGAGGCGGAGAUUCGGGCGCUUCGCUCGGAGCUAGCCUCGGCGGCUGCUGAGGCAAUGGCGGCUGCUGUGGCCCGGCAAGCCUCGGAGCAGGAGCAGGUGAGGGUGGCUCGGAUGCAGCUUGCCGAGGCUGAGCAGGAGGCUCGGACGAGUAUUGCUGAGAUGGAAAAGAGGUUGGGGAAGGAGCGGGAAGAGUAUGAGAGGCGGAUUGAAGCUGAGAGGCAGCGGUGGGAGGAGGAGAAGAGAGCGUGGGAGGAGGAGGGGAGGGCGAGGGAGAGGAGGGUGGCACAUGAACGUUAUUCCUGGAAUAAUGAGUUGACAGCGGAAGUGGAAAAACGGGAGAGGAAUUGGGCAGGGGAACGGGAGAUGUGGGAGAGGAGUCUUAGAGAGGAAGGGGAGGUUUGGGAAGGAAGGCUGAAAGAGGUACGGGACGCAUGGGAAGCAAAACUGAAAGAGGAAGCGGAGGCAUGGGAGAAAAAGCUCGCAGCAGCUGAAGAGAAAGCAGAGAAAGCAGCAGGGGUUGCGGAGAGAAUCAGGGCGGAGGUUGAAAGGGCGGAGGAGCAGGCAGUGGCAGGCAUGCUGCAGGAAAAGAGGCUUGCAGAAGUGAGAGCUUUUGCUGCUGAACGGGCUUUGGCAGGGGAGAAAGCGAUGCUGGAAAGGAGAAUGGCGGAUCUGAGGGCUGAGGUGAGAAAGGCAGCAAAGGAGGAAGAGGCGGAGUGGCUGGGGUUGGUGACUUCUGAAGCUGAGAGGUUGAGUGAGGAGUGUAAUGCGUUGAAGGGCGAGUGUGGGAAGUUGAGGAGGGAGUGUGAGGGGUUGAGGAAGAGGGAGAGGGAGGAGAGGGAGAGGAGGGAGAGGGAGGAGGCGAGGGCUAUGAGAGCCGAGGCUGCUGCUGCCGAAGCUGAGGCUCGCGUGGCUCGGGAGGUGGAGAGCGUGCAAGAGCAGGCUCGGGAAGAGGCUCGGAAAGAGGCAGAGAGAAUGGAGAAUGAGUUAGCGGAGGUUUGGGCGCAAGCAGAGGUGGAAGCAAAGAAGGCAGAAGAUGCAACUGAGCGGGUGAAAGAAGCAGAGGAGCAGGUGGUUAUAUUGAAGGUAAAGAUUGAAGGGUUAAGGGAAGAGUUGAACGAGCUUGAAGCUGUUCUAAAGAAGGAGGAACAGAAGGCGGAGGAAGCAGAGAAGCUGCUGGUUCGGGCCCAAGCCAAGCUUGCCGAAGCUGAGGCUCGGGCCGAAGCUGCUGAGGGCAGAGUGGAGGAGUUAGACGGGGAGGUGGAGAGGGCGAGAGAAGCAGAAGAGGUGGUUCGGAUGGAGUGUGAAGCUUUGAGAGUGUGUGUGCGAGCGGCAGGGGAGAGAGUAGAGGAAGUGACUGAGAGAGUGAGGAGGAGUGAGAGAGCUGCGGAGGAAGCAGAGGAGAGGGCGAGAGGAGCAAAGGAGGAGCAGAGGAAGGCAGAGGGGAAAGCGAGUGAGGCGUUGGCAGCAGUGGAUGAGGCAGAAGAGAGGGCGAGAGUUGCUGUGAGGGAGAGGGAGGAGGCGGAGAAGAGAGCAGAGGAGGCGAGGGGGAAGGCUGAAGAGGCUGAGAGGAAGGCUGCUGCUGCUGGGGCAGCGUUGGUAGAUGCCGAGGAAAGGGUGAGAGAGAUGCGAGGGAGGAAGGAGGUGGAGGGACGGGUGGAGAGGCAAGGGGAGGAAAAGGGGAAGAUGGGGAAGGAUCGGGAGGAGGAAGAGACAAAGAAGGAAGGGGGGAAAAUGGGAGCAGACAAGGGGUUGAGAGGACUGCAGGGGGUACGGGAGGUGGAGGAGGUAGUGGUGGCUUUGGUGUGCGAGAUGCUGGAUGGUGCGAUGGAGAGCGUGGAUCAAGCACAGGAGAAGGAGCAGCUGUCUGGGGGUGAACUGCUGUGUGAGCCACAGGAGGAGGUGCAGAAUGAGGUCAAGAAUGUGCUGUCAAGUGAACCGCAGAAUGAACUUGAUGAAUUUCAGGAUGAAGUGCAGCAAUCUGAACUUGAGAAUGGAGUGCCAGUGCAGCUUUUCCAGGCAGAGGAAAAGGCAACCGAGGCGACGGAGCAGGUUUGGGGACUGGAGCAGCAGCUGAUCAAGGCAGAGGAGCAGGUUCGGCAGACUGAGGGGGAGAUUGUAGCGCUCAAGGCUGAGCUGGCCAGUAAGGUGGCUGAGCUGGAUGCUAAGGUUGCUGAGCUGGCAAGGGCUGUUGAGGAGAAGGAGAGAGGGAGAGGUGAAGUGGAGGCAAUGAGGAUUGGACUAGAGGACUUGCGGGGGAGGCUGCGAGUGAGGGAGGAGGAGAAGGGCCAUGCGGAGGAGCAUUUAGAAUGGCUUAUGAAGGAGCUCGCAGAAGAGAUGGCGGAGAGGGAGGGGGAGAGAAGGGCAGUGAAUGCGAUAAGAGAGGAGGUUAGGAGAUUGCGAGGGAAGGUGCGGGAAGGUGAAGAGGCAAGGAGGCAGGCGGAGGGGCGUGUGGAGAGGCUUAUGAGAGAAUUGGCUGAAGCAGUGGAGGAGAGGGAGAGGGGGAGAGGGGAGGUGAAUGCGGUACGAGAGGAGGUGAAGGGGUUGAGAGGGAUGUUGAGGGAUGGGGAGGAGGAGAGGAGGCAAUUGGAGGAGCAUGUGGAAUGGUUGAUGAAAGAGUUGGCUGAGGUGGUGGCUGAAAAGGAGAGGGGUGAGAGGGAGAGGCGAGAAGAGGAGGUGGAAUGGGGUGAGGAGGAGGAAAAGAAAGCAGAGGCAGAGACAGAUAUAACAGAGGGAGACACUGGGUCAGGGGAAGAGGAUGGGAUCUCAGAACAAGCUAAAGUGGAAAGAGAAGAAGACCGCAUAGUAGAAGCAGGAAACGGGGGAGAGGCAGGCCCAGAAACCGGGGCAGGGGCAGGAGAAUGGAUAGGUGAAGAAGCAACAUUGGAGGCGUGUGUAAAGUGGUGUGUGGAAGUGGGUGAGGAGGCAUGUGAGGAGGGGGGUGAGGAGGCGGGUGAGGAGGAGCGUGAGGAGGCAUGUGAGGAGCUGAUCUCUACCUUGCAAUCUCAAGGCCCCGUUGCAACUCCUGUCAAGAACCAAGGAGAAGAAUCUCCUUUCGUCACUCCCACCGCAUCCCCCCCUGCCUCUCCUUCUCCCUCCACUCGGCCUCUCCCUCUGCACCUGACCGCUUCGCUUGAUAGCCCAGCAGUAGACGACGCUGCUGCUAUUCCCGCCUGCCCCCUGCCUGAAACAGCCAGUGGCGAUGACAACACCGCCACUGCUUUCCCCCUGCCUGCAACAUCGUGCAUGGACCAGCCAUGGAACCCUUUUUUCACUGCCCUACCUGACGCCCCAACUGAUGCCUCGCCUGAUGCCCCACUUGCUGCUGCCAUCGACGUGGUUACAGCAGCACCAGCAGCAGCAAGCCUGGGGUUCUCUCCCUACAAUCCCUUCCUGGAUAGUAUCCUGGAGCCCUUACAGCAGGAACACAGUUACACCGCUAAGAUUGCUGGCCUCGGGGGUGCGUUUGUAUCGUCAGGAGGAGUGGGAGCACUGGGAGAAAUGGGUGGAGUAGGAAGGGUGGGUAACACAGGGAUUUCCCUUGGGGCGUGCUCUGUUUUAAGUGCUGGUAUCGGCGUGAACACCAAUCAGCAAUCACGGGGUCACAUGGGAAUGGGAAAUAUGAGUGGGGAGAUUGAGGAGGUGGUGGAGCUGGUGGAGGAAGAGGAGGGGACUGAGGAGGGUGCAGAAGAGGAGGUCGAGGAGGUAGAGGAGAUAGAGGAGGUAGAUGAGGUGGAGGAGGAGGAGGAAGAGGAGGGAGAGGAAGAGGAAGAGGAGGAGGAAGAGGAAGAGGAGGAAGAAGAGGACGAGGAGGAGGAGGGAGAGGAGGAAGAGGAGGAAGAAAGGGAAUCAAGGGCGGCGGUGGUUUCAGGGAGCAGCAGUGGAGAGGGCAGUGGUGAAAGAGGAGAGGACGUAGAGGCAGCAAACCAGGGGACAGGACACUUGGAUGAGGGUGGUGUGAGCGCUUGGGGGCAAGGCAGCAGUGGUGAGGACGGGGGGGGUAACGGUCACACAAUGUUUGAGCCGUUUAGUGACCUGCAUGUACCACCGGCCUUCCCAGACCACCUGGACUUGAACACUGGGAUGGAGGAGGCUGGCGCUGAAGAUUCCCACAGCAGGCGUCGCAGCAUUGUCAGUAGCCUCCUCAUGCGGAAGAGUGGUGGUGGAGGAGGGGGGGGAGGGCAUGGCACGCACCAUGACUUUCGGAAGAGCGGGGAGAUCUACAGUGCACAGCAUGUUAUAAGCAGUUUCGGUGGAGGGAAGAGUGGCGAGCUCUACCAGAGAAGCAGCAGCCACAGUAGUCACAGCGGCCACGGUAGCAGCAGCAACGGUGGGUCCGGUGGUGCAGAGAAGAAGGGUUCUUCCUCGCCUUUUAUGGGAGGCCGCUUGGUUCGUAGCAACAGCUUUGGAAGCUUUCCCUUAGGUGGUGGGAGCAGUGGCAGCAAGAGUGGUAACGGCACGAGCAGCAAGGGUAAUGCCACGGAGGAUAGUGAGAUGGGGAGUGUGAGUAACAGUGGAGCCAAGAAGACCUCUGGAUCUCCGUUCUUAGGAGCGGGUGCUUCUGGAGGCUUGGAGUCAGGGGCCAUGGCUGCUGCAGACGAGUUUAGUGCAUGGAUUGACACAACGAAUGAUGCUGACGGGAGUGCGUGCGAGUUGGGAGAAGCAGGACGAGCAGGGAGAAAGAAAGGCUUCAGCUUGAAGAGCGUUCUUUCAUCAAAGGCGUCAAUGAGUUACACGAGCUGA